AAGAUGACUAGGAUGGAUAUUCGACGUGAUGGGGUCGCCAGUGUUUCCCUCCUACAUACCUUUCGCAAAGUAUCCGUCUUGGAUACGUCCUUGUAUCAUGAGAAUCUCCUUCACGUAAAGCGUUUUAAUUCCCGUAGUUUGUUGACCAAACAAUUUCGUUCUUUUCUUCUUCUUUUUUCUCUUUCUUCCCUUCUAUCUAGCCUAUCGCGGCCUUGAAUUCUUAAUUAAAUAUUCCGUUCGAUUCUAAGGGCUGGAAGUGAUGGUUGCCGUCCAAUAGCACCUAGGGAAGAAUUGACAUUUACAUUCGACUCAGACGACAUCCGCCAGCAGGACGGUUCCUAAUAGGGCAUUUCGGCCUUCAAUUAUAUUUGGUGUAUGAGUCGAAUAGCCAUACGGCUGAUUUGAAUAAUUCGCGUGGAUCGUGGUUCAAAGCGUCGCUGGCCACAUCGUGGGCCGUUUGUCCAACUGAAUUCACCUUGACAAAAAUCACGGAAUGGUCUAUUGGAAGCGAUAAUACCCAUGAUAGACAUCGUGUAUUACGACGGCCGCGGGCAAUUCAUCCUAAUUCCUUUCUCCUAACCUCUUCUUCGCUUCUCUUCCCCUCAUCUCACCUUCUCGCCCACUUAUUUAUUCUUACGAUGCCUUCGAUAAUAGAGAAUGCGAGUCCUCUCACCAACUUCACAACAGUCGCAGAUGUGCUGCCGAGUAACGUCUUAAGCGGUAGUCGCUUAAGUUACUACGUCGCUAUUAGCGCGGUACUCCUCUGCGUAUGGCUAUUCCAACCAGCUAAACAGAAAUGUGGUGUCUCAGCACCCUUCUACAAAGCUUCGCGGUUAAAAUGGAUGUUCAGCGCCGAUACCCUGAUAAAGGACAGCUACUCCAAGUUCCGCGAUGCCGUAUACCAGAUCAAGACGACGGAGGGUGUGAGAACCAUCAUUCCGGCGUCGUUGGUCGGUGAGCUCAAGGGACUUCCGGAGGAUACCUUGAGCGCAAGGACGGCUGUGAGAGAGGCUAUGCUGAGCGAGUACACCAAGCUCUGUGCUGGACAACACUCCGAUACACUUUCCUUGCUCCUCAAGUGUAAGAUGACCGGGCAACUCGCGCGGAUGACACCGCAGCUCAAGGAAGAACUCGAAUACAUUAUCGGGACAGAGUUCCCCGAGUGUGAAGAGUGGACCCCUUUCAAGAUCCAGCCCUUCAUGAUCCGAACGAUAUCACGCCUGAGCGGGCGCGUUUUCGUCGGGCCGGCGCUCAACCGGGUGGAGGAGUGGAUGGACGUGAGCAUCAACUUCGCGGUGACGGCCUUCAUCGCCGUCAUCAAGCUGCAGUUCUUCCCGCCGUGGAUGCGGCCCGUGGCGCAGUACUUGGUGUCGGAGCUGCGUACGAUCGACAGAGAUCUCGAGAAGGCGCAAGCAAUGCUGACGCCGAUUAUCGAGGAGCGCAUACGUGAUUCUGAGACGCCCGGUUACGAAGAGCCUGACGACUUCGUUCAAUGGCUAUUGGACGCCUUACCUGACGACCAGAAGAGGGAUUUCUAUAUCCAAGGAAAGGUUCAGUUGCUCCUGAGCGCCGCUUCUAUCCACACGACUAGUAACCUCACGACGGACUGUAUCUACGACUUGGCUGUCCACCAAGAUAUGCAGGAGAUACUACGGGAGGAAGCGCGUGAGGUCCUGGAGGACGAGGAGGCGUGGGGUAAGAAGGACAGCAUGUCACGGUUGAAAAAGCUGGACAGUUUCAUCAAGGAAUCGCAACGACUGUCCGGCAACGUCACAUCCUUCAUCCGCAAAGUAAUGAAACCCAUCGACCUCUCGGACGGCACACACCUCCCAGCCGGCACGAGCCUCCUCGCGCCCAUGGCCGGCGUCGCCGUCGACCCGCGGUACUACCCGGACCCGGACGUCUUCGACGGCCUGCGCUUCUGGAAGCUUCGCCAACAACAGCAACAACAACAAUCCUCCAACACCUCCGGCAGCAGCUCGCCCACCACCGCGACCACCCCCUGCUCAUCCACAACCUCGCUAGUAACCUCCGACCUCCUCGCCAACGCGCCCUGCAGCAACAACCCCAACAACUCCAACAACCCCCCCGGGAGCGGGCGGUGGCAGUUCACCAGCAUCAGCGACGCGGCGAUGAAUUUCGGGCUGGGCAAGCACGCGUGCCCGGGGCGCUUCUUCGCCGCGAGCGAGAUCAAGAUGGUGCUCGCGUAUUUACUCCUAAACUACGACGUCCGGCUGCGCGACGGCGAAGGCCGGCCGCCUCCCAACAUGUUCAUGAUGACGCGGAGCCCGAGCACGACUGCCGAGGUGUUGUUUCGGCGGCGGUCGGCGGCGGCUUCGUCGUGAUCUUGAACUCGGACUCGGACUCGGACUUGGACUGCCCGGGUACCUAGUUGGAAGGGAGGAUGAGGACGAGGAGGGGAGGAGAUGCGGAGAGAAGACGGACGCGAAGCCUCGGGGCCAGGAGCUUCCGGGGCCGCUUGCCCGGCGUAUUAUAAGUAUAUCUAACUUAAUGGCCGUUGUUUCUAUACAAGGUGGGAAGACGGCAUAGAAGAUGUGAGUAGAGAGAGGGAAGGGGAGACAGAACCUGCAUAUACCCAACUAUACGAUCGCAGGUAUUUCGAACCUAG